CGCGAACUUGCCAAUCACCUGGAACAUGGCGACAUCCCCAACUCGGUGCUGCAGAAGACCCUACAGUACGCUGCCUACGUGCUGGACACCGUCAGCAUGGAUGAGACCAGGCGACUACUGGACGAGGAGGAUGAACUUGCCGAGGUGCAGCCUGAUGCAGUGCCCAAUGAGGUUCGCCAGUGGCUCGCGUCGACGUUCACGCGGAGUCAGGUAGCGACCAAGCCGCGCUCGGAUGACAAGCCCAAGUUCCGCUCGGUGGCCAAUGCCAUCAGAGCAGGCAUCAUGGUGGACAGAAUCUAUAGGCGACUUUUCAACGUCACUGCAAUUGGCAUUCCACCGGAAGUAUCCACUUUUCUGAAAGCUGCCGAUGAGUGGUCGUUUGACGUCUUUGCGCUGAACGUCCUCUCUCCCAACAAGGUGCUGCGAAACCUAAGUGCCGAACUCUUGAACCGCUACGGACUGGUGCACAAGUUCAAGAUUCCCAGCAGCCAGUUGGACGGCUUUCUCUCUGCAAUAGAACAGGGGUACAUGAAGUACGGCAACCCGUACCACAAUAACUUGCACGCCGCCGACGUCACACAAACCGUCCACUACAUGCUCUGGGUCACAGGGCUGGCGCAAUGGCUCACGGACUUGGAGGUGUUUGCGACACUGAUAGCCGCUAUAAUUCACGAUUAUCAGCACACGGGCACAACGAACAACUUUCACAUCAACUCCAAUUCUGACAUUACGCUACUCUACAAUGACCGCUCGGUGCUGGAGAACUUUCACAUCUCUGAGGCCUUCAAGGUGAUGCGCAAGGAUGAGGCAAACAUCAUUCAAAAUCUCAGUCGAGAGGAGUACCGCGAGUUUCGAACUCUUAUAAUUGAGAUGGUCAUUGCCACUGACAUGUCGACGCACUUUCAACAAGUGAAGACGCUGAAGACGCUACUGUCGCACACAGAAUUUUCUGUGGAUAAGCAGAAGGGCCUGUCCUACAUACUGCACAGUGCGGACAUUUCGCAUCCAAGCAAAAUGUUUCCGCUGCACCAGCGAUGGACCUUGCUGCUGAUGGAGGAGUUUUUCCGUCAGGGCGACAUGGAGCAAGAGCUGGGGCUCGCCUACUCACCCCUCUGCGAUCGUAACUCCACGCUGAUACCUCAGUCGCAGAUUGGUUUCAUCGACUUUAUCGUGGCGCCGACAAUGGAGCUGUGCGGCGACCUCAUUGAGCGCGUGCACGAGCACAUCAACGUCAGUUUCAUCGACUUUAUCGUGGCGCCGACAAUGGAGCUGUGCGGCGACCUCAUUGAGCGCGUGCACGAGCACAUCAACGUCAGUGCGGCUGCGGCGGCCAGCGAGGCGGCUGCCGACGACCAGGUAGCAGAGCUGGCUGCGGAGACAAAGUCGCAGGCUCGCUCACAGUCAUCCGCCGAUUCGACGGCCACCGCUAAGGCCAACGGCUCCUCGGGGCCACCGAGCUCCUCAAACACGUCCCG